AUGAACAUACAAAGUAAAGCAAAUAAAUAUGUGUGCCCCAAUGAUCGACAACUCUCACUUCGUGCAAAGUUGCGGACUGGAUGGAGCGCGGCCCGCAGCGAGCCUCCUCUUUCCCCUGCCGAGAGAGAAGCGAUUGCCGCCGUGGUCAAGAGGGCGGAGAAACUCGACGAGGUCGAGGCGAGGCGGGUCGGACGGCUAGUCGCACGACUGGAAGGCAUGCGGCGCUCUGCCCAAGGUCCAGCGCCAAGAACAUGUCUGCUGUGUGGCGAAACAACUCGACUGCUGGCUCCUUUGAGAACCUGCUGCGUCUGCCGCCACUCCGCAUGCCCGAAAUGCGUUAUUGAUACUCCACAGCCACAGAACAGGUCUCCUAUAUGUUCCCGGGAGCAGUACAUGUGUAAUCUCUGUGCGGAGACCAGGGAGAUAUGGAAGAAAUCUGGAGCUUGGUUUUUCAAGUCCUUACCCAAGUAUAUAUUGCCAGAUCGACGCACUACAGGAAGAUAUAACAAUGAUAGUGAAUUGGCGAAAGCUUUACAGGAAGCUGGCAACAGUAGCAAUGAUGGCAAAACAGACUCCGAACCAGGCUCGCCGCUUAGCGUCCACGCUCCCAGCUUCUCGCGACAACCAAGUAACAGCGACAGUCGAAAAUCGAUUGGAUCUCCUCAUGACAGCCACUAUGACUGGAGUGAAACAGACAUCCUAACCCACGGAAUCAGCGGCCUUUCUCUCCAUCGUACAGAAAGUCUCAAUCAACGCCCACUAACCACUCUAAAGAGAACAGGCAGCAAAGGCAGUGCUUAUAGUCUCCGCAGCAUUCGUAAAGAUCUUCCUAAGCCAGUUACACAAAUUGAAAGGCCGCCGACGAUACCUGACGCUGGUUUCGGAACGUUAGAAAUUAAAUUGGCUUACGACAAUUCUACUUCGUCCUUAGCUGUAACUGUACUGAGGGCCAGAGGUCUAAUUGGGAUGGAUAUGACUGGAUUAUCUGACCCAUUUUGUAGACUAGAGGUAUUGCCACGAGAAGGUACAUAUUCAAACAGAAUGCGAACGAAAACUGUACACAAGACAAAGAAUCCAGAAUUCAACGAAACGCUCCACUUCUUCGGUAUCACGGAGUCGGAUCUUGGGAACAAAUCUUUGGAAAUCGUGCUAUUUGAUGAUGAUAGAUACGGCUACGACGAAAUGGGAUCAGCAACCGUAUGUCUCCGAGAAUGUGCCAAGGCACCGGCACAACUUCGCUUAGCGCUAUCAGGAGCCACGGGCUCUGAACCCACUGGGUCCAGGAUCCUACUAGCCCUGUGCUACAGUACCAAGAAACGAGCAUUGGUUGUUACAGUUUGUAAGGGUGCGGAUUUACCCCCACAGGACAGUAAUGGAUAUUCGGAUCCCUUUGUAAAAUUACACUUGGAUCCCGACCCCUACCACAAGAAACACAAAUCAUCCAUCAAAUGGCGUAAUCUGAAUCCGGUGUGGAACGAAGAAUUCUUAUUCGAAACCAGACCAACUGAACUAUCCCGUCAAAACUUAACUAUAACGGUUUGGGAUAAGGAUUAUGGGAAACCAAAUGAUUUUUUGGGUAGUUUGGUUUUAGGAGCAAGCAGCAAGGGGAGAAGAUUAAAGCACUGGAUGGAUUGUAUCAAAUUUCCUGAUCACAGACAUGAACAGUGGCACGCUUUGACUGAUACUCAACAUCUGUAAAUUUUGACGAAUUAUUUAUGUGAUAAAUUGAUAAAACAUGACGAUUUACUAAAAUCAUUAUACAAGGAAACAUCGAAGGGAGACUAUAUAUAUAUAGCUAUAAAGGUGAACUGUAAAGAUGAAAGCGUACAGUAUAAUUGCAUAUCGCUACAUCGACAAUGCCUUGGAGUGAAAAAUGGACGAAAAUGAUAAUUUAAUUUGUGUCAUAAGGAAAGACCACACCGUGAGCGAAGCUAAGCUAAGAUAGCUUAGCUCACGUAGUCGAACUAAUAACAACAAUAAUAACGCACACACUCAUAGCCCACCACAAAUUACACUCAAACUUAUGAGUAAAUUAAAUUUAGGCCAUACAAAUAUUUCUCUCUUUCUCUCAGAUAGGUUAGUUCGCGUAGUUUGUUGCAUGCAGUUAUAAUAUUACGCACACACUCAACAUAGCCCCGCUAUGGAAAACCCUCUGUCGCGGGUGCCAUGGACACACACAUAACCACAAAUUACAAACCCAAACUCACGAGAGAAAUAAAUGUAGGUGAUACAAAUAUUUCUCCCGGCCCGGGAAUCGAACCUGGGACUUCUGCGUGGCAAUCCGGCAUGGUAACCGUUCGGCCGUGGAGGCAAUGAAUGCUACGUAUGUUUAAUAAAGCUAUGUGAGCUAGCUAGCUAAGCUUAGCUUCGCUCGUGAUGAGGCCUAUCCUAUAGAAUGUACCUACCUACACCACGUGAUCAUAUAGCCGACCUGUAACCUGUAUUAUAAUAAUCAUCAAAAUAAUUUGCUAUUAAAUAUUCGACAUGCUUGGAUAACUGGUUUUCGCAAUAAAGUUUCAGGUAACUAGAUUUACUACUUCUGCUUAUACAUACUUCCUAUCUGUCUCAUACCGCUAAAAAGUAUUUUGAAAAUAUUGUGUUCGUAGUCGGGACAACAGGGCUUAUGGUAUGUAUGUGUAGUGAGGGGAAACUGGACUAUUAUCAAUUCGACUCAUCCGUAGAACAAAGAUCUAUGUGCAAGACUACUAAACUUGUUCU